AUGUCGUUCUUCAGUAAGAUGACCAAGGAGUUUGAGGGGAUGAUGAAGAAAGAUGAGAAGAAAGAAGAACCUCCAGCUCCCACCCAUGAAGCCACGAGAGGUUAUAGUGACCAGCCACAGUACGGAGGAUACAAUCAAGUACCGCCUCAACAACAAGGUUACGGAGGAGCACCAGCGCCCCCCUUCAACAGCCACCCCUCAUACAGUAGUCCUCCUCCAAACCAAUACAGCCCAGCUCCAAGCGGCUAUGGCGCUCCUCCCCCUCACCAAUACGGCAGUCCAGCUCCCCCAAGCCAAUACGGCGCUCCUUCUCCAGCUCCCUAUGGCAGCCCAGCUCCCCAACAAUAUGGAACACCUGGCGGAGGACUUCCUCCCACCCCUCAAGUCCCCCAAGGAUGGCAGGCACUCUGGGAUCCCGUCGGAAACCGCUGGGCAUACCUCGAGCAGUGGAACAGUAAAGUAAGCUGGAACGUUCCAACCGGUCCUUCGUACCCUCAGCAGGGUUAUGACAGUCAUGAUGGAAGUCGUGGUAUUGGCGGCUACGGUGAUCACGGUGCUGGCGGGCACGGGGACCACGGCGCGGGAGGAUACGGAGCUCCUGGUGGUUAUCAGCAGGGAUAUGGACAAGGAGGAUACCAGGAUCCAGCUAAGUCUAAGGAUGAUGCAAAGAAGAAUAUGAUGAUGGGCGCGGCGGCUGGUGUCGCUGUUGGUGCUGUGGGAGGAAUUCUGGUGGCGAAUGCUCUUGAUGACGAUAACAGCCACGGAGGACAGCACCAGCAGUACCAGAGCCAGCCUCCUCCACCUGGAAUCGGAGGUGGUGAGCUACCACAUGAGGAUGCUGAUGGAAGUUCUGUCAGCAGUAGUGAUAGGGAAGAGGUCGAGGAGGCGAGAAAGGAGUACGAAGAAGCUUAUGAGGAAGCUUAUGGAUCUGAUUGA